AUGAGUGAGGAACCGGCCAGGAUUUCCAAAUUUGAGGUCAUUGACCUGGUCGGCUUGCGUCUACACGAGUCGACUGAGGUGGAGAAAUUGCUCAAGGCUGCUCGUUUGUCUGGUUUCUUCUACCUGGACCUUCAGAAUGAUGCCGCUGGGAGCCAAAUUGUUUCCAUGUUGCCAGACAUCUACCGCAUCUCAGACCAGUUCUUUCACCAGUCAAGCGAGGAGAAAAUGAAAUUCUACAGAGCUGGGCAGAAUCCAUCGCAAGAUCGCGGCUAUAAACAAAGCAGCUGCGAUGAAACCUUUGAGAUGGCGUACGACGAACUUCUCCAAAACACUUGUCCGCUCCCUAAAGUGAUGGAGGAGAACGUUGAACUUGUGGAGUUGUUUUCGAGGCUCUGUCACUCCACGUGCCUUACGGUAUUGUCAUGCCUCUCUGACGGUCUUGGACUGCACGACGGCCAAACACUGGAAUCAAAACAUGUCGAAGGAGAAGCCAGCGACUCGGGUUUAAAGCUCAUAUCAGAGCCUACACUGGACAAAUUAAGCCAGGUUGGAGAUAACGUGCACACCGACAGUGGCACGCUGACAAUGUUGUUUUAUGAACGAUGGGGCCUCGAAGCGGAGCAGCCUGGUGGUGGUGACUGGACAUUCCCACCGCCUAUGCCGAGGCACGCCCUCUUCAAUGUCGCAGACUCGUUGCAGCGAUUGUCACAGAAUCGGCUUCAUUCGCCUAGGCAUCGUGUGACUCAGACCGGAGAUGGGGCAGGCGAGCGGUAUUACAUUUCCUAUUUCCUCCGACCCGAGCAUGCCGUGCGUGAUAUGUGGAGGAAAUAG